AGAGGUUUUUUCUGUGUGUGUGAAGACAAACAUAGGUUUCCUAGAUGAAACUACCCAAACUUUUGGUUGUUUCUUCUGAAUUGCAGCACAGAAGGAUCUCCAGACCCCCAGGAAGGUAAUGACUUCUGCAAAGAAAAACACUUGCUGUCAAGAAUUGCAGUAUCCAGAGGCUUCAAGUGACGCUGAAGAUUCUGUCUUUGUGGAAAGCUCAUGGCAUGAAACAUGGGGAGUAAAAGACUUGAAAGAGAGUCAGGGGCACAUAAAACUCUCACCUCCUCAAAAUCUGAAAGAGUCAAUUUCUAGAGGCAGUCCAGACUUGCUUGUUAGAAGGAAAGAAAGAAGCUGUGAAAACAGUACUGAAAAUAAAGCACCAACUGUGGCAGUACGACAGAGUACAGAUGUAGAGUCAGAUAGCUCAGAUGAUGAAUUUGAAUCAUUAAUAGAAAGGAUAAGGAAACAAAGUGUGCCCCGAAAACAACCAGUUUUUAGCACAAGUAGAACUGACCACCAGCCAAGCACAACAGGAAACAUCAAGCCAUCCUGUGAAGAUGCUCAGCCCUUGCAAGGAGAGGGAGUUAAGACACCAAGGCCAGACUUCAUUUGCCUUCAAGAAACACCUUCCAGGAUGAUCACUCCUGUAAGAAUCCCUAGGAAUGAAUUGGUCAGUUGUUCACAAUCAGCAAAUAAAGAGAAAAGGCCCAGGGUGUGCUCAGUGCCUGAUUGUUUCUUGCAAGAUCUCUCAAAUCCAGAUUUCCACUAUGUGAAGUAUUUCAAGAAAAAUAAAGAAGAGCUGGCACAGAAGCUCUACUGUCUCUAUAAUAGUACCAUCUUUGAGCAGAAGGUUGGCUUCAAAACAACUAAAAUUCUAAUAUGA